AUGUUGAGUUCGUACUGUGAGAAGUUCUACAUUGCGAUGGAUAAUGUUAAGGAUUCGUGCGCAGCCAUUUUCAAAUCGGAAUGUUCAGAAGCUGAGAAGCAGUUGUCCAGAAAUAUUGCGCGCCUACAUCGAGCGUCAUUCCAUAAGCUGAACGUUUGCGGCAUGUUCUACAUUGACGCUACUUAUCCUCUCAAAAUGACAGCUCUUCUUACAAACUACACCGUCGUCUUGCUGCAGUUUGCGUUCUUGUAA